CAUCAAAUAAACAAAGAAAAAAAAUUCUUCCAUUUACAACAAACAAGAAUAAUUGGAAAAUUUUAUUUUCCAAUAAUUCGAAUCAUAUUUUUGCCGAAAUAGUUAAAAUACGUCUAACUAGCAUCAUAAUGUUAUUGUGAUUGAAAACGGUCGAAACGGUGGUUCCAUUGAACAUUCAGUCAAUAUGAUGUGCUAUUUUCAUCGAAACGCAAUGAAAUCAACACAAAAACAAGCUUUUAUGUUAUUCAAAUCUGAUCUAUCUAAAUCAUCUAAAGAUCUUCUUCUUCAACUUCAUCUGGAACGUGAAAAAGUAUUGAAAUUAUUACAGGAAUCAAAUCGAAAUCGAAUACAGCGUAUAUUGGAAGAAUUACAUCAAUCAAUCAUUAAUUAUGUUGCACUGUUUCGUGGAUUCGCAAUCUCACCAUUACAUGAUUUGGGUGGUGUUUCAGAAAAAUUUUUCUCACAAUUUCAUCCAUCACCAUUACGUCGAAUGUAUGGAUUCGAAUGGACAGAUUCGAUUGGUGAAAAACAAUUAAUGAUCAUUGGCGAUUCGUUUGUAGAAUUGGCUUCAAUACUUUUCAAUUAUGCGCUAUGGCUAAUGAAAUGGUGUACAUCAUUCAAUUCAUCUUCGAAAUCAUCUUCAAUGAUUAGUUUGAAUCCAAGUGCAAAUCGUAGACAACAAACACCAAUUUCAUCACUUUUACAAGCAGCUGGAUUGUUUCGUUUUAUACGUGAGAAUUUAGGUCGAUAUUUAAUACAAAGUGAACAAGAUACCAUUUUCGGUACCGAUUUAGAUCCAGAUGUUAUUCGUGCUUAUGAAUUACAAUGUAAUGGUGAAGCAAGAGAAUUUCUUUUUCUUUCAAUGAUGGGAAGUAAACAAAAACAAGUGAAGAAGGAAGCAUCAAAAUCAUCAAAAAUAACUAGUACUAAAAAUGGAAGUAAUCAAAAAAAAUCUUCAUCAUCAGCAUCAUGGAAAACAAACGGCAAUAAACGACAACGAUCAAUGAUGGAUAUGAUACGUUUAGCUCGUACAACACGUGAUCAAUUUCGGCAAUCAUCUGAAUCGAUUGCAACAUCAUUGGAACGUAGAUUGAAAAAAUGGCAUUGCUAUUUACUUAAUGAAAAAAUUCUAUUCGAAGCCUGGGAAUAUCUGCUGUUACUACAGGAACGUAAACAACCACAACCGAUAAUCGAUUUUGAUUUCACACCAAUGACCAUGGAUGAUGAGAAAAUUUUCUGGCAUAAAAUUGAUGAAUGUUUACGAAGUAUCAAUGUUUUAAGCAUCAAAUACAAUAAAUAUGGACAAGAAUUUGCCAAAAAUGAUCCAAAAUCAUGGACAAAUCGUGUGAUUGAUGCGAAAAAAUUUAUUAAAAAUCUUCAAAAUCACAUGGAUAUUGUCCGUGAAGAUAUAAGGAUUCGAACUUUAGCUUUAGUAUCAAAUAAUCCAACAAUGAACAAAACGAUUAGUUCGACUAAUUUAUUGGAUAAAUUUAUUAGACCAAUUGUAUUUCAUUUACCCAAAUUACAUGACUAUUGGACAGUAAAUGUAUGCCUUGAAUUUGGUGUCGAAAUAUUCAUUCCAAAUUACGAUCCAUUUGCUGCAACAAAUUUAAAAAUUGCAAAUGUCAACAAUCUAGUACCAAUAUGGUCACGACGUUUUACAGCAUUAAAAAAGACGAACAAAGAUUUGGAAAAUUUCGAUCAAUCAUUAGAUGGACAAUGUCCUGAAUUUCGAAAUUGUUGUCUAAAAUUAAGAAACUUACGAAAUGAUUUACAGAAAUUAUUCCAUGAACAAAUUGAUGUGACAAAGAUUGAAAAUUUUAUCGAUUUCAAAUCAAAAUUAAUUGAUCAAUUCAAUAGUUAUUUAUCAUGGACGGCCGGUCUAAUGGCCAACAAUCAAUCAAGACAAUUGUUUGGAUUUUGUUGGACAAGUUCCAUUGAUACAAAUGUUCGUUGUAUAGUAUAUGAUAUUGAAUUUGAAAUCUGUUCAACUAUUUACAUUUUAGCCAUUUGGCAAAUGAAAUCUGUAUGUGAAUUAUUGAUGUCAACUGAAAACAGUAAAGAUUCAAACAAGAAAGAAGAUGUAUGGAAAAAUAGUGAUUAUGAAUUUUUAAUACAAACAUUACGUGAAUCGGCCGGUAUGUUUCAAUAUAUAUUGGACAGAACAAAAUCCAAUAAAUAUUUUGGUGAAAAUGAUUGUGAUUUUCUUGAACCGGUUCUACGAUCAUAUCGAAAUCAUUGUUUAGCUGAAGCACAAGAACUAUUAUUUCGUUUAUCAAAUAUAAGUUGGAUACAAUUGAAAAUUACUAUACGAAUAUUACAAUUAUAUUGGGCAAUCAGUGAAGAUUUAAAUGAUUCAACUAUAAUGAUCAAUACUAAUCGUCCAGAAUGUACGGAAAAGAUUUAUUGGCGACAUUAUUGUCAGAUGAAAUCCUAUCUAUAUAAAUCAUUGGGAUAUUUCUAUUUAAGCGAAAUGUUUCCUAAAUCUGGUGAACGUACAGUAGCCGCUUUACAAAAAUCUUUAGCAUUAUUGAGAUAUUUUCGUAAACAACUUGUUGAAAAUCAAACUAUUUAUCCAUGGAUUAUGGAUGAUAAUCAAUUUGAUCGAUUUUCGACAACACUGGAUGAACGUUUUCAACAAAUGUGUAUACAUUUUGUACUGAAUAAUCAUGAAAAUUUUAUGAAAAAAUAUGAUAUCAAUUUGGAUACGGUUGUAAUUAAUAGACAAUUAGAUUCGAUGAUUUUAUUACAGCCAAUUAAAUUCUAUCAACCAAUAGCUGAUGAUUUUUGGUUAAAAGAUACUACCAUUCAACAAGCAUUGAUCGAUUUGACGACAUCAUCAUCAUCAUCAUCAUCAUCAACAUCAACGAAGAAUGAAAAUGUAGCUAAUGUCAACAGUGGUGGAAUAUUGAUUCGAUCAAAACCGAUUGCAAUCAUCAAACAAAGUCCAUCAACAACAAUGAAAUCUGCAUUGCCGGAACUUAAAAACAUUCCAUCAAAAACUAUGAUAAUCAUUUCAUCACCUGUGAAUACGACAGCUAUUAAAACGGCAGUGGCGAUUGCACACGGUGGUGGUGGUGUUGGUGGUGGCCAAAUUAUCAACAAUGAUAAUAGUAGUAGUAGUAGUAGUAGUAGUAAUUAUAAAAACAAAACUAAUAUGUAAAAUCUAUCGAUAUAAGAUAUAUCGAUUUUGAUAUAAUUGAUUUUGAGAAAACAAAA